UUCUUCAUUCUGUUAUACAUCUGAGAAAGGGCAGACAUCCAUGGAUAGAGAGAAGUUCCAGCAGAAGGCUCUGAAGCAAACUAAGCAGAAGAAAUCCAAGUCGGCUGAAUUUCUGAUGGUAAAAGAAGAGAAAGCAGCAACAGAAGGGACUGAAAAUCCAGCUUUUAACAUCAGCAGCACAGAUCUUUCAGCAUAUCAGACUUCAGAAGAGAAAGUUAUUAGACAUGACAAGCUAGAUAGCACCCUUGCAGCUCACCAACAAAAACUCAGGCUGCAAGCCCAUGCUGAACCAAGAGGAAAUGAAUACAGCAGAAAUUACUUUGACCCAGUGAUGGAUGAGGAAAUAAACCCAAGGCAGAGUGGGAUGGAGGUCAGUGGAGAAGUGCCUAUGAAUUUAGAUGAGAAAAUUCUCUAUGGUGAACUGAUGAAACUUCUAGAUGAAGAGAAUAAAAUGGUGGAAUAUCAAGCCCAUGUCAUCUGUGAAGAUUUCUCAGAUUCAGUAAGGCCUGUCAGCUUCACUAAGACACUUGACCUUCGCAAGGAGGUUGAAGAUGAAGGGAUUUCUCCGUAUAUUGAACAGUUUGAGAAAGAUGUUCAGGAUGACAUAAUUCUGCUUGGCAGCUUUGCACUGGAACAGGACUUAAAAGUUCAAAAGGAAGUUCUUCAUCACAACAAACAGAUGUUGCACACCAGAUUCCAUAAACCCUUUCAGAGAAUAGAAAGUCAGCCAUUGCAAGUAGCACAGAAUGCCCGCAAACAUGAAAUUGUAGCCAAGUUUGGUAACCUCGCAGAAGUGAAUAAUGAAUCAAAUGGAGCAGCAGGACUUUGCUGGAAGGUUGACCGGUACAAAACACCUCAGCCCAUUCAAAUCCAAUUAAGAUGCCUACGAGGGGCCAAAGACAAAGUGCCCAAGGGCCGCUACACCCUCAAGGUUUCUUUGCUCAGUCGUCUAGGGGGUAGUGUACUUAAGUGGUCCGAACUGAAGGAACAACAGUGGGCUGGAAUGACAUUGCCUAUCAGCCAUGAUGGAAACUUCUAUGAUGUGGAAAUUUGUUUCGACCAAAGUGUCUAUACCGUUCUGCCUGCUAGAAAGGAGGUGAAACCAGGCAUGAUACUCCUCUUUGAACUCUUUCUUCUUCAUGAGACCAAUACUUACAUCGACUGUGUUGUAGGAUGGGGCGCUUUUCCUUUAUGUGAUAAUAAUUUCAACACUUUACAGGGGAAGUUUAAAUGCCCUUUUCUCAGAGGCCAUUAUGAUUCAAAAUUUGACCGCUUCAAAAAAAUUGAAAAUUUGAUUUCAUUGGAUUUAGACCACUGGUUGUGCAACCUCUAUUUUCAGAUUAUUAAACUACCAUGGUAUUCAGAUGAGCAGAAGACGUACGAGACAUGUCUCCAGCUCUCACCUGAAUUUCUUGCUUAUUCAAACAUUACUGAGAAGAAUGGAGAUUCAGACAAGAUAAAAAUAUAUGGACCACAAGAUGAUGGAUUCAGAAGUUCAUGUCUACAUCCAGGCACUCACUCAAAAUGCUCCUUAGCAUCUUUUCAAGGGCAACCUUUGACCUCUUGGAGAGAUCCUGACACCCAUAAGGGAAGUAUUCCCACUGUUGUAAAGGAAGUGGGAAAACAGUUUAAUGCUGUGAAAGGAAGGGAAGAGUGUGUGUCAAAAGAAACUGGGAGGAAAAGAGAAGAGUUGAGUUUAAAAUGUUUCCAGCAGGCAGAGGAGGCAAUGGAUGAGUUUAAAUUAAAAGUGAAGGAUCAAAAGAAGCCUCAACAAAAAGGAAGUUAUCCUUGUCAAGUUAUCUCAAGUGGUUCACAUAAAUAUUAUGAUUUGGUCCCAAUGAAAGAAGACCAAGGUAUCUCUUACAAGGUCAGUUCAAGAGAGGAACGGAUGCAAAAGAGUCCUCCUCCUUUUAUUCCAGGGAUCACCAUUUUACUCUUUGUGAAACCUUCCUCUUUUAAGAUGAAUCAAAGUGAUCCAAUUGACCAACAGUGUCAAGGCAAAUCAAGUCCUGGAAUCAGUGUAGCUGCGGGAGAAGGGGAAGCAUCUUCACCGAAUACUUUUUAUCUGGAGGAAUUAGAGAAGUAUAGAUUCUCUGUGUGUUGCCAUUCUACCGUUGAAGUGAGAGUGUCCAGAAGGAUCAUUGAGCAUUUCCAUUUCGGGGUGUAUGGAGUCUUUUCAGAACUGGGAUUGGUGCAAUGGCGUUCUUGGGACUUCUGGUUCAUUAUGCUGCUGGUAGUUUUACUCUGGUUUGUGCGGCUUUAUCUGCAUUAUUGUAGUCAAUGGCUCGUUCUUCAAGCCAUCUCAGUUCCUGUUGCAAAGUUCCAGCUCUUCCCUCACACUGUGGAACUCUGCUAUCAGAAUUCUUUGCUGCUUACCAGAGAAGAGUUGGCCAUGGUUGUGGUGGGACCUCUAACCUUGAAUGCAGUGAUGCUUCUUAUGGUUCUGAUCAGAUGGGGCUGUCAGCAACUGUUUGACUCAUUCCCUUCCUUCUUGUCAAAGUUUAUCAUGGCUAUGGGACUCUGGACAGUGCUAGACCCCUUGGCAGUGUUUGUAGUGGAUGCAUUCCUGGGGCGACUUACCUAUAGAGCAGAGAAGCCCAUUGCUGAUGCUGCAAAACUCUACUGGCUCUUCUCAAGAACAGAGCAAUCGGGAAUUCCUGGCGCACUGAUUACUAUGAUGCUUUACACAAUUUUGUUCAUUAUUUCAUCUACAGUAUUGUCCCUCUACUUUCUAAGGCUGCACAAUGAAGGUUGGUUAUUAGAUGUAUUUAAACGCACUCACGGUGAUGAAGGCACAUUCUUCGUUCCAUUAGACCUAGAAAUCUCUAAUCAGGAAUUGAGCUACAUCAUGAAAAAGGCUGAACAAUGGAGAGGCAUCAAUGGUGAAAGACGAAAGCACAGAAAGGGCUCGGAGAGAAAAGGAAGGGAAAUAGAGGAGAGAAUAGAAAAAGAUAAAUAG